GUAAAGCCCUUCAUGUUGCUCUCUACUCUGGAGAUGUGCAUAAAUCUAUUUUAGAAAUAUCUUCAGAUACAUUUAAUAUAAAAAAGAAAAUGGAUCUUCCCAUGUCAGCAAUGGAUUGUAUAAUGACUGAGAUACAUAAAGAUUUGGGUCGUGGAGGUAACAGUAAUGUAUAUAAACUUUGUUUUGCAUAUAUUUAUAUUACUUAUAUAUUUAUAAAUUAUUCUUGUAUUUUUUGCUAGGUAUUGAACCUAAUGCCUCAAAAAUUAUUAAGGACAAUUCUUCCCAGUUAAAUCAAUUUUAUAAAAACGUUUUAUGCAGCUUUCAACAAACACACAACAAUGGAAACUGCAAGGUUGUUGAUACAAUUCAAAAAGAUGUUGUAUUUUUUCCUGAACCGUGGGAACUAAUAAAAAAGAUUUGUGUACACAGAAAACUUAACCCCUACAAUUGUUUAAUAAGAGUUGGUAUUGAUGGAGGUCAAGGUUCACUGAAAGUCAUAAUGAACAUCUUUAACCCAGAAGAGCUACAAUCAGAGAAAAGAAACAUGAAAAAUACAGGGGUCAAUACAGUUCUUAUUUUGGGUCUUGUACGUGGAGUACAAGAAAGUAAUUAUAAUUUGGAGAAGCUUAUUAAGUUACUUAAGCUAAAUGAGCUAAAAUACACAGUAGCAGCUGACCUGAAGCUUAUUUAUUGUUUACUGGGCAUUUCUGCACACGGGGGAAAGUAUGCUUGCUGUUACUGUGAAGGUGAAAAAGACUGCAAAAAUGGAAAGUUGAGGACUUUUCAAAGUUUGACCAAUUGGUAUCAGAAAUUUAUUGAGGAUGGGGAACUUAAUAAGGAUAUGAAAAACUAUAAAAAUGUUGUUCGACCAUGCCUAAUUGAGGAAUCUGGAGAAACUCUUGUUAUUGAUAUAGUUCCUCCUCCUGAAUUACAUUUGUUUGAACAUAUUGUUAUGCAAAUAACAGAUGUUUUGAUAGCUGAGGAGUCAAUUAAAAAAUUCCUAAUUGGUAAAACUGUAACUAGGCACGGUUACAAUGGAGGAGGAUUUGAUGGACCUAACUGUCAAAAAGUACUUUCUUGUUUGGAUGAACUCAUAACUAUAGCUCCACUCCUGAUGAGACCCUGUAUUGAGACUUUAAGGAAAUUCAAAAUCGUGACAGAAGGAUGUUUUGGAAUGAAGCUUUCUCUUGAGUUCAGCAGAGAUAUUCAGGAAUUUGUCUCAGAAAUGUGCAACUUGCAUAAGUAUCUGAUAGAAUACACAACACACAAGAUCUGUCUAGGUUGGAAAUUUCACAUCAUACAGUCACACCUCGUCAUGUUUCUUGAAAGAAAAAACAAACCCUUGGAAAUUUUCAGUGAGCUGUGAAGCUGUGCACAAAAAUAUUAACAAGACAAUGAAAAGAUUUGCAGCUUCAGAGCUGAGCAAAUGCCUUGGAGAAAAGCUUCAUAAAACGACCGUAACCUACUCUAGUAUGAGAAUGUGAAUAAUUUAAUAUAUAGUACUAAAUAUUGCAUUAUUGUAAA